GCACCAUUAAAGGAAGAAUAAUUCGCUAGCAAAAGACUAGACAAGCAACUACUGGUACUUUCUGUAGUGACGCUGGUUUGUUGCAGUCUCAAUGGUCAGGCCACAUACACGUGUGGAAUGGUACAUGGGUUGACUGAAACUAUUUGGAAGUCUGCUAUAGGUUUGAAGGAUGCGGCGGGUUGAGCCUGCUGCCCAAGCCUUCCAGGCCCCCGUAGACGUCCACGCCAGCGCCGACGGCCAGGUGUACAUGUUCAGGAGACAGCGAGCAGAGCCCGACUCCUCAGAGGAGGAGCAGUGCGAGGACCUGAAUGUCAUUGAGCUCAGCCCUCUGGUCCACUCUGAGCAGGACCGACUGGACCGCGUUCAGCUGCUGGAGCGAGAGCUGCAGGAGGGGGACAAUCUCAACAAGCUGGCGCUGCAAUACGGUGUAAAGGUGGCUGACAUCAAGCGUGUGAACGGCCUUUUCCACGAUCAAGAUUUGUUCGCUUUGAAAUCCAUCAAGAUCCCAGUUCCAAAGCACAGCUUCCUAACGGAGGCCUACACAGACCUGAGCGGCCCUCAGAGAGCAACCCAGAGUCCUCCGCCCGCAGCCUCACCGCCCCAUCAGGACGGCAAGGCCCGGGCUUCACCCCGUCUACAGGAGGUCUCGGACUUCUUCAAAGACGUGGACCACGACAUCGAGAAGCUGAUCCAGAGCAGCGACCACCGCGGGGACAUUUUCCCCCAUCCCGCGUCGGAUCUGUCUGCGAGGUUGGGGGUCGGCGGGCGGCGCGUGGCGGCGGCGGGCCAGGGCGGGGCCUGGGGCCUCCAGUGGUGGAACCUGGUGGUCGCCAUGCUGCUGAUCGGUGUCGUCCUGCCCAUCUUCUACGCUGUUUAUCUAAAGACCAAAGCAAGCGGUGAGGGACACGAGACGAGCGGCGUGGCGAACAUGUCCGCGGGAAGCACCGGGUCUGGUCUCGGGGUCACGGGGUCCACUCUCGGGGCCACGGUCCAGUCUCGGGGACACUGGUCUCCCUUGGUCUCUUAGGAGGAAGGGUAACGUGGCUGUAGCUAGGGAUGGGGCCUCGAAACGUGGUAUUAUACCGGCAGCGGAGUACAAACUACUUAAGAUCGUGGUAAUCGAUAAGCUCGGACGUCAUCGGUUCUGAUCUCGGUUCUCAAGAUAUUAAGAAAAUAGAUUAUUGAUUUUUUUUCUCAACAACUCUGUUUCUAUUAGGCAUUAUGAUUUAAACAUUUGUCUAUGAUGCAUUUUUUCUUUUCCCAAUCCAAAAGAGAUCUCUCUCUCGGAGCACCUGUUUGAGCCAGGACGGGGCAGCUAGCCUGUAGCUUGUCGCUACACACAGCAACAACCUGUGGCACGCACACUAACACGCAAACAGAAGACAAUGAGGGAAAUAUGUCUUUUCAGGUAAGAGCGUAAAACACAAGCAAUAUGCAGAACAUUUAGUGAAAGUGUCCCUCGUACAGGCAGAGAAAUGCAGUUUUAAAAAUGAGUUAAAUUAAUGAUGCAAACAAGAGUUAAUGAUUAAUCAUAAUUAGCACGAUUAUUGUUUAUCUAUGGUGGCAUUCAUCACUUAUAUCUGAAGUGCUCAAACUAUUAAUACGGCACAGUUAAAUACAGUCAAUAGAAAAUCCUGCAUUAUAUUUAUUAGUGUUAAAUUUCGAUCCGAAACAACGGGUUAGGUUAUUUAUUGUUGUCAUGUGACAUUAACAGCACAAUGUACCUACAUUUACAUCUUGAAGGUGGAUUUUGUAAAUUGUAUCUAACGCUGAAUAGUUUGAUUAAUCAUAUUUUUUCUAUUAUAUUUUGAGAAUAAAUUCGAUGACUCAGUCAAAAAAAUAACCGAUAUGAGUACCGUUAAAGAGUCGUAGUACCGUUAAAACCGUGCCGUUAUAGAGGUAGAGAAGCUCCUCCAGAGACGGACACUACCAGUGCAUUACCAACGUGUGCGUUCAGUCAGUGACACAAGGGGUCAAGAUGAGAUGACUUAUGGAAGGAAGCUAUCACUGCCUCACCGUGUCUUGCGUCUCAAUGGGUCUGUGUUGAUCAUGGUGUGUUGGCAGCCUGUUGCUGCAACAAUAAGCUACUGACGUGUUUUUGAAUGUAUGUUUUACAGUUGCAAUAUUUGUGCCUUACAGAUUUUUCAUACUGUACUUUUCUGCACUGCCAACUGUGUCUUGUUUUAACAAAGUACAUGCAAAUUUGUCCUUGCAAGUGAUUUAAGAAUUAAAUAGGAUAAGCAUAACAUUUCGUAACAAUUAAUGAAUGUAUUUAGGUGCGGAUGGGAGCCAUGUUUUUUAAAGUGCCUUAAACCUUUUAAACACAUAUUUAAAUAAUUGUAUUAAUAAGAAGGGUAUAAUUUACCAAUACUUUUCAUUUUGCAAUAUUAAUGUAAUCUAAUAUUACUGACCUGAAGUACUGUACAUUUUUAAUUGGAAUUUAAUUAAUAUUU